AUGCAGUGCAAUACAAGUAUAGAAGAUUGCUUGGAUGAAGAUGAGAUAACCUUCCCAUCCUACAGUCCCGAAGCGGACGCUCAAAACAGAUUCUUGCCAAGAAGUGAGUUCCCCUCGGUGAGGCAACUUGUGAUUUCCAAGCAGAAAAGCAGAAGAAGAAGAGAGGACAAUGCAUUCGUGGGGAAAAUGGAAGAUGUGCUUGUAAAAUGGAGGCCGCCUGCAUCUUCACAUCGUGGUGCCAUUCAAGCCAUCAAUGGUACGCAUCCGUAUCAGCUUGACACAGCGCAGUUCAACUCGAGAAGGUCGGACCCCUUUGGUUCAACAAAGAGGGAUGAGUCCGUGCGUUCUAUCAUAGAAUCGUUUACCGAUUGGUGGAAGCGAAACUCCAAGAUAUUUUUCCAUGAUGAGGAGGAAGGAAUAUUGUCUGACAACAGUCCAGAUCAACAUGACCAAGAGUUGCAGCUUUUCGAAGAGGACCUCUUCUCGUUCCAUCUGAGUCCGAACGAUAUGUCGACCAGAAAUAGCGAGCAGCAAAUACAAACACCAGUUCUCUUUCCAUACGAAACGCCUACGAGAACAAGACCAAACCCAGUAGGACGAGAAGUCAUUGACAUCGGGGACGGUGAAGAACUAUCCAUAUAUCGGGAUGUUUACUCUAAUCCUAUUCCCGUCAGCUAUUUAGAUACCUUAAACUUGAAUCACUCCAUGUCUUUACGACAAAUGCAGCAGCAACAGCAGCAACAGCACGUAGAGCACUCGUCUGAAUUUCAGUGCUGUUCAAAUUCCAAUUGGGUUAAGAUCUUUCUUUGCCAUAAUGAAUAG